UGCAGUAGGGGUAGUGAGGCACAGGUUGCCCAUAGAGGUGGUGGUACCCCGUCCCUGGAGACAAUCAAGACCAGGACAGGUGAAGCUAUAGGUGUUGCUGUUCACUGCAGGGCAGUUGGAUCACAUGGCCUGUAAUGAUCCCUUCCAACUAAAAGGAUUCUGUGACUGUAGUUGAUUAGGCAUAUAGAACACAGUAGCUACAUUAUUUCUCUUUUAUUUUAAAUGCAGAUGAUGCUGCACACAGUUCUGUUGUGUUUCCCAUGGGAGCUCUGUGUCACUGGUUAUUAAAACUGAGGAGCUUUUCUAAUAUCCAGCAGACUUUUGAAACAAAACCAUGCUCAGAGUCGUGAGGUACUGCUGCUUUCUGCAUCACUGAUUCCUGUGGUAUAUCAGGGGCAGUUUUCCUCAACACUAAUUAAAUGUGCUGAAUUAAAUUAAUAGGGCCAGCCUGGGAAUUAGAUAACCAAGCCAUUAGCCAAGGACAGUGAAACUGAGUAAGGAUUGUUUUAAUGGUUUUGAAUGAAAAACUCUCAGAUAAGAGUGGAGUCAGAUGUGUGCCAUGACAUGGCUCUUCCAUGGAAAGCUGCUUCCUUGGAAGUGAUUGCCUCAAAAUAUACAUCAGUGAGGGACUGACCCUAAAUGUUGCCGCUCUGUUUGUUGAGCACAUGCUCUAUAUAUGCUCCAUAUAUAUGUGCUCCAUCCUUUCUUGUCUCGUUUGGCUUCAGUGAUAUUUUUCCUAAAACCUGAAAUUCUUCAGGAAAUGUUUGUUGUGGUAUAUAUGAGGGAGAGUUAACAGCUUUCAAGUGUAGCUUUAAAAAAAUUAAAUUUAUACAGGCAGUAAAACAGGUUUAAAACAUGGGCCGGAGACCUUUUGGCUUUCAGUGUGACCAGGAGGCUCUGCUUCACUCUGAUCCAUUUCUUCUUGCAUAGGUUUAAACUUGCAUGCACAGAACCUCGUAACUGCAGCAGAAACGUUUUAGGGCAAAGUUGAAGAUGUUUUUGAAGGAGUGUAAAUGACAUCUGCUUUCAGCUUUUGGAGAAAAUACUUUUGGCAGCCCUCCAACUGCUUCUCUGCUUGCACCAUUUCUUUCCCAGUGGAAGCCUGUUUUCUUCCAUGGUUAACUGCUUUGUGGGCUUUUUGUACAGAACAGUCCUAACUCAGUUCUGUCUUAUGGCUCUGCUGCCAGGUGCUAGUUUUUUGUUUGGUGCUUUCUUGUGAGGGCUGUUUGUUUUGCUUUGAAGGAAAGGAUAAACUGACCUAAAGAGCUUAGCUGCGUUAUUUUGUGCAUUCAGAAGCUCUGCUCUUUUAGAUACUUUUUGUGGAUAUGAAAAUGUGGAAUCCAAGCUUUGAAAUAGAGAUUUUUAUCAACUUCUUUUAAAUUUUAUUUUGAAAGUAUGAUCUAUAUCCAGGUGAAUUUUAUUCUAAACAUUCAUUGUCGUUUUUCUGAUACAACUGCAUGCUUUCCUUAGUGUUAUAUUUUUUAUUUAUUGUAGAAAUAUUACUAUCAAAAUGACCCCUUCAGAAGGAACUGUGAUGCACUGUAAGACAAUUCUGGCUUAAGAGAUUAAUGACAAACGUGUUUCUAAAUGAAAAGAAAAAGAUAAUAAAAAUGAACAUAGUCAAAAAAAGCGAAGUGCCCCAGAAUUCCUGUGCAGUGUCAUUCAGGUAGACUAAUAACAGCUACACCUGUUGCCUCCCCUCCCCUCGCCAGCAUAAUUGUCUACGUAGCAUAUAACUGCUAAGAAAUUGCCAUUUCCAUAUAGAAUAAUGUAUGGAGAUUUCCGUUACUGUAUUUCCUUUAGAUUUGAGUCAUUUCCUAGAGCUUCUAUGUAGUAACUUUCUUCUCUGAUGAUAUACCUUAGAAUUUCUUUUACAGUACGUCAUCAAAAAGUUAAACCUUAAGCAUGCUUCCAGCCGCGAGAGGAAGGCAGCGGAGCAGGAGGCACAGCUGCUAUCCCAGCUGAAACACCCCAACAUAGUGGCAUACCGGGAAUCCUGGCAGGGCGAGGAUGGGCUGCUGUACAUCGUUAUGGGCUUCUGCGAAGGAGGAGACCUGUAUCACAGACUCAAAGAGCAGAAGGGCAAACUUCUGCCAGAAAAUCAGGUGGUAGAAUGGUUUGUCCAGAUUGCCAUGGCAUUGCAGUAUUUACACGAAAAACACAUUCUUCACAGAGAUCUUAAAACUCAAAAUGUGUUUCUGACAAGAACAAAUAUAAUCAAAGUGGGUGACCUGGGAAUAGCCAGAGUGUUGGAAAACCAGUGUGACAUGGCCAGAACUCUGAUAGGCACACCAUACUACAUGAGCCCUGAGCUCUUCUCUAACAAACCCUACAACUACAAGUCUGAUGUUUGGGCUUUAGGCUGCUGCGUUUAUGAAAUGGCCACUCUGAAACAUGCAUUUAAUGCUAAAGACAUGAACUCUUUGGUUUAUCGAAUUAUUGAAGGAAAGCUGCCACCCAUGCCGAAGGAUUACAGCCCACAGCUGGUAGAAAUAAUACAAACCAUGCUCAGUAAAAAACCUGAGCAGAGGCCUACUGUGAAAAGCAUACUGAGACAGCCAUAUAUCAAGCACCAAAUUUCGUUGUUUUUGGAAGCCACAAAGAUGAAAGCAGCCAAAAGUCAUAAGAAAAUGGCAGAUCCUAAACUUAAAGAUUCUUCUUCUGUGGUCCCAGUGAAGAAUGAAUCUCAUAACAAGAACACUGUACCCCCAAACAGUUCCUCUGAGCGAGGGAGGAAAUGCAGAGCUAAUGAAGAAGACUGUGCCAUCAAAUAUAAAGCCAGCAAGUUUUGUCCAUCAGAGAAACCAGCUGUUGAGCUGAGUGCAAAACCAUGCAGUAAUGAUUUGGACAACUUGGGAGGCUCCUUGGCUACGAUUAGUGGAGUGAAUAUUGAUAUCUUACCAUAUGAAAAGAAAAACUUUGGAAGUGAAAAGAAUAGCAGUGAGCAUAUUCCAGAGAGCAAUAAAGCAAAGUAUGUGAAUGCUUCAGGGAAUUCUGAAAUAAUAUCCAGUAAUCCUCCAAUGAAAACUGAUGGACUACAGAAAAAGACAAAGCAAGCUUCUAAAGGGGGAAGUGUUGACUCUAAGCACUCAUCUGUUGAUGCUGUGGAAGAUGAUGAUGACACUUUGAAACUCCUGCAGCCUGCAUUGAAAGACCAAAAGCAAACUGACGUGGAUGUUGUCUAUCACGGAGCUUCAGGAGAUGCUCAGGAAAAAAUUACCUCUCAAUUACAGCCUCCUGGUUCUACUCAUGAGCCCUCUGUCUCACGGCAGCAAUGGCAGAAGAAAAGAGAGCUGGCUGAAGUCUGUUCAGAGAAGUUCAGAGCAGUUUCUCCUCGGCCUUUACCUUUUCCUGCUGAUGUGAAUGUGAAGACAGCACAAAGCUGUGCAGAGGAGCAUAUUGCCAAAAUCUCUGCACCUGCCAGUAGCACCAGAACCAGUCAAGAUGCCAUUGCAAAGGAGAGGCCUUUGUCAGCGAGAGAGCGAAGACGGCUGAAGCAGUCUCGGGAAGAGAUGUUUCCUUCUGUGAUUCCAGCAAGACGAACAGGAAGUAGUGCAGUAGUUGAAGGAAAAUCACAUGUGGAAAAUCGUGUUAAAGUUGCUCAGUCUUCAUCAGAUCCCAGUACUUCUCAGAAAAGCAGAGAAACCCACUGCCUGUCUGAUGAUGAGCUAAGCUCUUCCACAAGCUCUACAGAUAAAUCUGAUGGAGAUUCCAAGGAAAAAAAAAGCAGUGUGAGUGAAGUGAAUGAGCUGGUGCAGCUAAUGAUUUGGACACUGAGAAUGGACCCUAAGGAGAACUCUGAGUGCUCUGUAACUUCAACUCCAGCCCCGGAGUUUAAACUUCAUAGAAAAUACCGAGACACUUUGAUUUUGCAUGGAAAAUCAUCGGAGGAAUCAGAGGACUUCAAAUUUGAAGAGAUUCCUUCAGACAUGCUAUCAGGUCCUGAAAAGAUGAGGAGAAUGGUUGAAGUCCUGAGAUCUGAUGUGGUGCGAGGACUGGGAGUGAAACUUCUUGAGAAGGUGUACAGCAUUAUGGAAGAAGAAGAUGAAGUGAAGAGAGAGCUGCAGUUGCGGGAGCACAUGGGAGACAAGUAUGUGAGUUACAGCGUGAAGGCACGCCACCUGAAAUUCCUUGAAGAAAAUGUGGAGUUCUGAGCAGAACCUUUUCCUGAGCAAAGAGGACAAAGCUUUCUAUCUUGUCUGGAUUGGAUCAGCUUGAAGAGCGUGUUUCUUCACUGACCUCCUUUGCUGGAUAAACUUGCAAAAAACAUUAUUACUACAAAGUAUAUUUUUCAUGUUAAAAUGCAGACCAGCCUAUUGCUUUCUCAGAAGAGAAACUUGGUUUAGUUUUUAUUCUCUUAAUUAAACUUCAUUUUUUCUAUAGGGCUGCAUACUAAGCUUUGUAUAAAAGGAGUGUCCAAAAAAAACAAAGUGUGUGUGACU